AAAUAAAAGAACAAGAGUCUCUCAGAGAUCAAAUGGGAAAAGUAAGAGUCACGAGUUCAUCAUCAUGUACACAUAAAAUUAUCUCUGAACUCGCUUAGCUAAUUGCCUUUCCGACCCAUACGCACAGAGCCCCUGCCCAAACGAACAACAAGAAAUAGAAAAUGGCGAGCUCAUCAUCAUCAUCAUCAUCAUCAAGAAACGAUGAUUUCUCAGUGUUUGUGUUGGCGUCAGAUUUGGGAAUUGAUGCAACGCCUUUUCUAAACAAACAAGAAAGAGAGAUCAAAGAGGAAUAUGAGCAAGAAGAAGCUGAUAACUGGCACGACUGCUCUCAGUAUCUCCUGCCCGAUGAAGAUUUUUCUGAUCUUGAUCUCUUGCAAUUCUUUCGCCUCCAGGGCUCUGAUAAAUCCGGAAACCGUAUAUUUCGUGUCAUCGGCAAGUACUUUCCCGCUCAAGUUAUCAGUGCAGAGCGACUGAAAAAGUACAUAUUCCACAAAAUGUGCAGUGAGUUGCCUGAAGGACCAUUCUGCAUUGUGUACAUGCAUAGUACUGUGCAAAAGGAGGACAACUCUCCUGGUAUAACUAUCUUGAGGUGGAUAUAUGAAGAACUUCCUGCUGACUACAAGAACAGGCUUCAAGUAGUAUACUUCAUUCAUCCAGGACUCCGCUCAAGGCUUGUUUUUGCCACCCUUGGUCGAUUCUUCUUAAGUGGAGGUUUGUAUUGGAAGAUCAAGUACGUAAGCCGCCUUCAGUAUCUUUGGGAAGACAUAAAAAAGGGGGAGGUUGAAAUCCCUGAAUUUGUUCAGAGUCACGAUGAUAUUCUUGAGCACAGACCACUGACAGAUUAUGGUAUUGAACCAGACCCUUUUCACUUAAAUGAAAUACCCACCACAGCUUACUCGCUUGGGAAGUAUGAAGAGAGAUGGGCAGCAAGGGAAUAUGCAACUUAGAUUCAUCCUCAUGUAGGAUGAUCCUUGCUGUUCGUAUCCGCAAAAAUACCAAAUCGUCUUGUUUAAUGUCAAGCUGUUAUAGAGCAACAGGUUUUGUACAGAAAUUACCUACUAUGGUGUCCAACUUCUUGUUCAUCAUCAGCUGCAAUGCGUUAAAACUUGGUAAUCCUCAAAACAAUCAUUAUGUAAGCUACAAUCUCUUUUAAAUGCUCUAUGAAUGCGCAUCAUUUUCCACUGUA